UAACCCGUCCGGUCGUUCUCGUGGUCCGCUCCCGCGCGCGUGAAACACGUUCCGUCCGCGCACACAUUUCGUUCGGAUCCACGCACUCGCGACGUUUCGCGUACGAAAUCAAGUAAUAAUAACCGUCCGGAAACAGUGUUCGUUCGUCGAUACCCCAGUCUGUUCGUUCCGUCGCGUUCGGUUUUUAUCUUCUUCCGUCUUCGGCUGUACAUUUUUUUUUCAGCCCGCCGUUCAAAUAUAUAUAGAAACCGUCGCGAAAACGCGCGGACCGUCGUGUCGCAAUUCACGAGUGCGGUUCCGGUCGCUUUUUGUUCCGAUUUCGCGUCGCGCGAAAUCCGUAAACGCUUGGAUUUUUUUUUUUUGUCCGGCCAAAAACGGAACUCACCGAUUACCGCGCGAAACAUCGCGCCUCCCCGACCGUCGCGUCACCAAUCGGUACCGAUUCGUUUUUCUUCCACGAUAUUCGCGUAUGACAUGUCUUUGACAUGACCGCGUACCCAGCUGGUCGCCGCCAACAAUGUCUUCUUCGUCUGGUGUCGCCGAUCCCGAACCGGACGCUAUGAUACAGGACACGAUCUCCGCGGCGUACGCGCCACCCGGUUACACGUUGACCGAAGAAUUCAAAUUGCAAGCGCACGGCUUGCAGGACUCACCGCACCACCAGGGACUGUACGGCAGCCUGAGCAGUUCGCCGUCUUCCGGUUCGCCGUGCCCGGUGUACGCGUACCAACCGUACCACCGGAGCUACGGUGCGAGCCAGUACCAUCAAUCGACGGCUGCCGACGUACAGCAACAACAGCAGCAGCAAAUACCCGUCACCCAAAUGGUAGUGCCGCCGCUGCUGUCUGCGCAAAAGUCUUCGGACGACGCCGCGUGCUGGUUGCAGCACAACGGUGGCGGUUCCGCUUUCGACCAUCACCUGCACCACCACCAGCUGUCGUCACCGUACCAUCAAUCGCACCACCACCAGCAGCGGCAACAAGACAUGGUCGGCGGGCAGCAGCAGCAGCAACAGCAGCAGCAGCAGCAGCAGCAGCAGACGGCCAAGAUGACGCAGCAACAGCAGCAGAAAGCUGUCAAAGAGCAACGGAUCCGCCGGCCCAUGAACGCGUUUAUGGUGUGGGCCAAGGUGGAGCGGAAAAAGUUGGCUGACGAAAAUCCCGACUUGCACAACGCCGACCUCAGCAAGAUGCUAGGUAAAAAAUGGCGAAGUCUGACGCCGCAAGACCGACGGCCGUACGUGGAGGAAGCUGAACGGCUGCGCGUGAUACACAUGCAAGAGCAUCCCAACUACAAGUACAGGCCGCGGCGGAGGAAGCACAACAAGCAACGCGCGGGCUCGCCGUCGUCGGUGGUGGGCGCGGGCGGCACCGCGGUGGGCAACGGCGGCCCCGGCCAGUCGCCCACGUCCAGGCGCCCCAACUCCACGGGCCAGGUGAAGCUGGUUCAGUACCCGUCCAGCUCGCCGUACCAGAGCUCGUCGUACUCGUCGCCGGCCAUGCACCAGCAGCCGUACGCGUACCAACCGUACAGCCCGUCCAAGACUACGUCGCCGUACUACCCGAAUAGCGAGAGCCCGUACUCGCCGGUCCGCGUGUCCGAAGUGAUCACCCCCGAAUCGUCGCCCACGUGCAGCCCCGACCCGGACAAGCCCGUAACUGCCGCGGCCGCCCCGUCCGACGAACCCUGCGGCGGCGAUCCGACCGCGGACAACGGUCAACGGUCGGCUAGCAAAACGCCUACGCUGCCCACGCCCGAACUAUCACCCAUGGAACCGGUGACGGCCACCAACAAAGAUCCGCACCAUCAUCACCAUCACCACCAUCAACACUUGCACCAUCCGUAUCAACGGGCCGAGGUGGUCAAGUACGAUGUCGACGACUUCGGUGGUUAUUAUGGUGGCGGUGGCGCAGUUGGUCAGAAACACAUCAACAACAAUCAUCAUCGUCAGUUCAACAACAACAACAACAACAACGUCCAUACGUCGUCUUAUCAACCGGCUCCGGGGUCGAUAGCGGCCAUGGGUGUGGCCAAAGGUAUGGUGAUGAUGUGUACCAACCAGCGGUUGGCGUACGAGCACAACAACAUCGUGACCGGAACGUUUUACCCGCCGAUCGCCACGUCUCAAGAUCAACAAGUUCUCGGUCCCAGCUCGCAGAACCACCACCAACAGCAGCAACAGCAGCAGCAGCAGCAGCAACAGCAACAGCAACAGCAACAGCAACAGCAGCCGCAUUACGCCAACCGACCGUUUUACUCGACGAGUGGGCUUCAUGCGGCCGGCACCCCCGUGUACACCAGCGGCCUGUCCUCGGCGGCCACCAUCGUGGCCGGCAGACAACCGGACGCGUACCACGCCGCCGGCGGUAUAUUGCAACAGCAAGAGGACCACCAUCACGGCAUGGGAUUGCAACAGCAACAGCAGCACAUCAGGCAACAGUCGACGGGCAACGACUAUCACGGCGGAGGCGGUACGGGUAGCAGCGGUGGUGGCGGCGAGAUCAUGGAGAUGGGCUUCGAACACCAUCAGUCGCCGUCGGAAAUGUUGCUGGCCAACCUGCAACGGCCUAGAUCUCAGCAGUCGGACGUGGCGGUGGACGUAACCGCGUCCGGUGGCAGCACCGAGCUAGACCGGUACCUGAAGUACGUGUCGCAGCAGCAGCAGCCGGACAACAACCACAACUAUCAGCACCAACAGCACCAGCAGCAGCAACACAACGUCAUGUUUGCCGGCCUGCAGCAGUCGCACCAUCAGCACCACAAUCAACUUCAGCAGCACCAGCAGCACCAGCAGCAGCAGCAACAGUACAGUUCGUACUACUCGCCCGUGGUGCAGCACGUCAUGCAACAGGACCACCACCAUCACCAGCAACAGCAACACCACGGGCCGUCGUAUUUGCUCAACAACUGCGUGAUCAAGUCCGAGUUCAGCGGUUACGCGUCGUUGGACGGUAUCGCGUCCCAGCACUAUCCCGACGUGCAGAACGUGCCGGCCACGGCGAACAUGCAAAGUGUGGCCGCGGCCGCGGCCGCUGCUGCGGGACAAGUGUUGGCUGCUGGUGGUGGUGUUGGCAAACCGGACGAGGAGUUCAGCGUCAUACUGGCGGACGUCCGGAAGACGUGUUACAGCAGCUGAAGUUCGUACGGGUUGAGUAGGGUUUAUGCACUGAAACGGCUACGCAUAUUAGUAUAAAAACGAAAGGAUUUCGAUAAUUAUUUUAAUACUAAAAUUUAAGAUCGCGAUUUGAUUUUGUUCGCAUGUGUUUAUUUUCUUAUUAUUAUUAUUAUUAUUAUUUUAUUUUUUUAUUUUUCCCUGUAAAUGCGCUUCAAAUCAAAUAUAUUUUACUUUAUACGACUAUACGAGAGUACAAUGUACAUGUUCGUCAAUUUUUUUAAAUUAUUAUUAACUUUGUCAUUAAUUCUAUUUCGAUCGAACAAACUCCCUUAAAAAAAAAAAAAAAAUAUUAUUCAUUUAUAUUUCAGAAACAUUAACGAUACCGGCGAAUGAAAAUGAAAGUAGUGAAUACGAUUUAAAUGAAUUUAUAGUCGUAAAAUAAUAUUUACAUGUAAAUAGAUGAUUUCCAAGUUUAAAACAGGUGAUCCGGUCCCCGGUCCUGCCCUGAGCUUACCACUGAUGACUUAAUAUAUAUAUUAUUUAAAUGUAUACAAGCCCGUCGACUCUGUGAUUCACGCGUAUCUUAGAUGACGCUAUUUUAUUUGUGUUUAUGAAGAAUUAUAAAAAAUAAAAAAAAAAAACUUUAAUCGAAGUUGUAU